AAAAACAAACAAAGCUCGUCUUCUUCGUAGAAAGAGGAGGACGAUGCUUCGUUGAGCUCCAGAUCUCCCAAUACCCUUCGCAAUCCCCUCCCCUUCUCUCCUGUCUCUCUCCUAGCUAAUCCUCCCAUGGCGUUCGACGAAUCGAUCUCCGAAACUGACGUUGUCGGAUCCGCUCCGGGAUCGUACGGCGCGGUGGUGCUCGGAGGUACCUUCGAUCGCCUCCACGACGGCCACCGCCGACUCCUCAAGGCGUCGGCGGAGUUGGCGAGGGAUCGGAUCGUGGUGGGGGUGUGCACGGGGCCGAUGCUGACCAAAAAGGAGCUUCCUCACUUAAUUGAGCCCGUAGAGAAAAGGAUGAAGGCGGUGGAGGAUUAUAUCAAGUCUAUUAAGCCAGGAUUGGUAAUACAAGUGGAGCCCAUUGAAGAUCCAUAUGGCCCAUCCAUUGUCGAUGAGAAGUUGGAUGCUAUUAUUGUUAGCAAAGAGACUUUAAGUGGCGGGCACGCUGUAAAUAGGAAAAGAGCUGAGAAAGGUCUCCCAUUGCUGAAGGUUGAAGUAGUUGAUCUAAUAUCCGGAGAUACAGACGGUGAGAAGCUAAGUUCAUCUACAUUGCGGAAGCUUGAGGCAGAGAAAACUCACCAGCUCUAUGCCAAUAAUGAUUAAUGAAGAUCAUUAAGAAAGGAAGAAACUUGCGGAACCUUGUAUCGAUUGUACAAUUAUCAUCACUAAUCGCCACCACGUCUUCUUCACACUUACAAUCAUGUGAGCUUAGGCCCUGGGUGGCUUCUACUGCUCCAGAAGCUGUCAGGACGUUUCUAUUUCAGAAGACCAGAAUUGAGAAAGCCACUUAGUGGACUUUGCUGACAUGUUCAAUCUUGUAAACUGCGUGUGGGUUCUUCUUCUUUUCUUCUUCUUUUUCUUUCUAAAUUUUCUUAUCAAAAGGCUCUAUUUUUAUGUUAUUUGUUGUGAUUAACUACACAUAGCAAAAUGUUUUGGGGCAAGAAUAAUGAAUAUGGUGAAUUAGGAAGUCGCCUAAUGAAAAUCAAAUUCCAGAUUGUUUCUGAAAUGCUGGAUUUGUUUCUCCCAAUGAUUUA